AUGUCAGCUGUGGCUGCUGUUCCGACCAGUCUAGGGUCCAGAACCAACAGAGACGACAAUACGGACCACGAAGUCGAGCCGUUUGGAGUUGAACGGAGAGGAUGCAAGCCGCUGGCAUAUCGCCAGUCUGUAACAGCCAAGCAGGCGGUGGAAGGCAAAGUGUGCCAUUCGCAAUCCGAUCAAGAGCUUCGGCCGCCAUUUCCGAUUGAGGCGCGUGGUACCGGAUCUCAUCCGGACUCCUCUUCCUCCGCCUCCUUGCGAUCCCACAUGGCAACUUGCCGAUCAUCUGGCGACUUCGCUGCCACAGUUCGGCCGGCGAGUUUUUCGUCAACCCGUCCGGUUGAAGCGUCUGACGCCGGUGAACAUUUCGCUCCAGACAACCGAUGGCUCGGCGAGAAAAAUGCUUGGGUUGCCUAUUACACGACAAGACUGGUCGCAGGUCGUGAGGCGGACGUCGACAAGAAGGGAGGACGAACAGUCUCCUCCAAACUGGCCAAGCUAAGGUGCGAGGAAGUUGGUACUGUACCGGAAGAGGACGAAUGUGAAGACGAUAGAGACGGAUGUGAACCGGCCGAGGUUGAAGUGGAGCCCGAAGUUGAGACUGCAGUAGAGGAACAAGGCAAAAAGGAGCAUAAUGCAUGGUUUAAAGCAGAGAACGAUCAAAAGACGACUGGAGCUGAUGCUGUGGCGAGAGGAGGUCGGUGGAAGAGUGAUCCAAACCAAAGUGUACAACAUCACCAGUCUUACCAUCUUUCGCCAGAGCCAGACGAAAGAGACAGAAGCAACCGUCUUUCUUUUAAUUCAGACAACGAAAUCUCCUUCGCGUCCGUCUCCACUCUGGCAGUCUCCACAUCGUCGCCAUCCCCUUCAUCUGCCCUCCAUCAUUCAUCCCUUUCCUCCAAUUCCUCCUCUCCCUCGUCUGUCUCCCCGACAACUUUAGUCAGGCGGCCAAGGAUACCGCCAUCCUCCGUAAAAAUGAUGCUUUCCUCGCUCCAUUGCAGCUGCCCAUCGCCGGGGGCCUGGAGCCCUGGCAACGGUGCAUGGGCUUGGAGCAGCCUUGCUCAGCGAAAUCCGACCAAUUUAGACCUGGCGAUUGCGUCAAAGGGUCAACCGGAGAUGUUUCCACAACACCAACAGACGGAUUGGUCUUGGUAUCUGGACAGUCCUUAUGACCAACUGGCACAUCCGCCCGUUGUAGGUCAGUCGGAGCAGCACAGUUUCCCACCGAAAGAGGACGAUCAGAGCAUCAAUUUCCCUCGACUCAACGAUUCCCCAACGAGAUCCAAUCGGCCAUUCCUCAGUCGACAGCAGCAACAUGUACAAAUGUUGCUUCGGCAUGGCAUGAGCCAACCGAUGCAAAGACCUCGGCGUGUCGACGUAUUCCACGCUGUGCCGCCAUUGACGACCGGUGUUGACGAAUUUGUCUCCAGCAGGCAGGACGGAGAGCACGAUGAAGAGGAGGACGAAGAGGAAGAGGAAGAAGAGGAAGGGGAAGGAGAAGAAGAAGAAGAAGAGGAAGAGGAGGGGGAAGAAGAAGCAGGAGGAGUAGAGGGAGAAGUAGGAGAAAAUAGGGAGGAGAUUAUCAGGCCAAUCAGACUGCAUCUCUGCUCGUCAGCACAGCAAGAGUCGCUGCUGCUUCCGCCUCAUCUCACAUUUCGUACGUCCACUCGCCUAGCGAGAUGUGCAGAAGAGGACGAAGAGGAGGAUGUGAACGGGAGGGAUGACUCUUUCGCAACAGAACACGAGAAGGAGGAGAUUGACGAUGAGUUGGAGAGAGCAAAAAGAGACACUCUUUGUGUCGGAGAAAGUCAUCUUUUCCGCGGCCAAUGUCCAACUCGGCUCUGCAUGAGGACAGUUGUGGGGCUCGGGGCAGAGUCGGGCUCCCACUUGUACCGCUGGCCGGAGGCGCAAGUAGACGAGUCUACCGCUUUCCUGAUGCCCAGGUCGAGUGUGUCCGGCCAAUUCGCCUACCCUCAAAACCCUGGGACAAGCGGGCCCGGGAGACAUGUCAAUUGGCCGAUGAGCCUCUCGACAGAAACGCACAACUUCCAACUCAGGGCUCCAGCACUAGCCGCCGACGUCCGAGUCUUCCCA